AUGGCAUCACCCUUCUGGCUCACCGGCACCCUGCUAGGCGCUUCAUCCGUCGCCUUCGGAGCCUUCGGUGCCCACGGCCUCAAGAGUCGAGGUCUCGCACCCGAAAAGAUCGCCAGUUGGCAGACGGCAGCUCACUACCAACUCGUCCACUCCGUCGCCCUCCUCGUCGCCGAACAAGCCGCGCCCAAGAACGUCUGGGCCAAGAGUCUCUUCACCGCGGGCAUCACCAUGUUCUCUGGAUCGAUUUACCUCCUCACGCUUGAUGGACAAACUUUCAAGCCUUUGGGACCGGUCACGCCUGUGGGUGGGCUGUGCUUGAUUGCGGGGUGGUUGGCUUUGGCGUUUGGGAGUAGGGGAAGGGUUGUGGGGCUUUAG